AUAAAUCAGCUACUAAUAUAUUUAAUCAUAUUAGUAGUAGUUAAUACUUUAGUAGGUAUUUAUUUUAAUAAUUAUAAUGUAUACUCGUGUCACAACAAUUGUCUGUGCCUUUGCAGUUUUAACCCCAAUCACCGCCCAGUAUUAUGACUACUCCGAACCCCCCAUCGUGGCCUUCACAAAAACGCUAGUCAACCCAGAAGGUUGCCCCAUAUCCAUCACUUGCACCUGCCCCAUCGCACCAUCCGGACUUUCCCUGACAUCUGACUUAGGUAUGCAGGGCGAGUUAGACGUUACCGGCUCCAUGCCGUUCCUAACCGCCGUGCAGAUGCAAGGGACCCUACCAUCGACAGGGCGAGCUACUGUUGAGUAUGGGUGUGGGAAUACAGUAUCUAUAACACAGGAGACGGGUAACCCUUGCGGGCCAAAUGCGAAGUUCGCGGGCGGGUUGACUAAUGCUGAUCUUGCUUUAGUCAGAUGCUAAAUAUUUUUUUAAUUUAAAAAAUGACUAGUAUUUAGUCAUGUAUUAAGUAAUUUUAUUUAUUCAUACAAUAAGUUACAAAUUAAGUCUAUUAUAUAAAGUUAAGUGAUAUUAAAAUAACUAUUUAAAACA